UGAUCCACCUUAUAGGUGUACUGUUAGAGUAGAGAUGAAAAAAAAAACCCUUCAGUGUACAGUGUUUGUUGGGUAAGUUGUGUAGUGGACUUUUCUCAGAUUAGCAUCGACACUGAGGUGAAUUGAGGUCAGUUGUCACUCAGACCCUGCAGGCGUGUGUGUGUGUGUGUGUACGUGCGCUCGUGCUUCCUUUAUCACACGUUUGACACAAGUUCCUCACACUGAGAUUGAACGUUUUGCAAAACUAGAACAGAAACCAAAGCUAUUUUUACAUUUUUAUUUUCAAAAAAGGGAUAAUACUUUUUUUUAAAAUUAUUUUUAAUCACCUGAAUUGGGCCUUUUUUUUUUUAUUUUGGUAUUUACACCCAUUGUGGUGCAACCGUCCACCCACCUUAAUGUGAUGGCACGUUCACACCGUGUCUCUCUCUCAGCGUAUAUGUAUAUGUGUGAGCACGCAUGGGUGUGUGAGCGUGUGAGUGUGUGAGCGCACGCCACAGUGGGAGUUAUCUGCGACACUGCCUCCUCAGACAUUGCUCAGCAUCUUAUCUUGUCUAGAGGAUCUUCUAUCAUCUGUGCUUCAGAGAUUUUGGCCUUCAGGACUGCAUGGACAUGGCUGACUGUCAUAAGUACCCCUCGGUGUUUGUGGUGGACGGCGGUACCAGGUUUCCACCACCGCUGCCCCCUAAACCAGGACAAACACGGACCCGGAACCAGAGGACCCGACUGAUCCAGAACAUACUCUUGGUGCUGGUGUGUCUGGCUUUGUUUGGCUUAUUUGUGGAGGGUAUAUUCAUCUACAGCCUCCACAACAAGGCUAACCAUAACGACACCACUCCGUCUAGGUCUGUUGAGCCAAAGACGGAAGCGCUAAAAGGGGGACACAAUAAGCAACCGGUCAACAAGAAGACAAAACAGUCUACAUUCCUGCAUCCGUCAAAGCCUCUUGCACAUCUGGCAGCUGGUGAUACGAAACCCGAAGAGGAUGGAAUCAUGAAAUGGAAGGAUGUCCAAAACUCCACGUAUGAGCUCGAGUACAAAGAUGGAAAGCUGAUUGUUCAGAAGGAGGGCUUCUACUAUGUGUACUCUAAGCUGAGCUACGCUGCAGAUGGCACUUCAUUCACCCAGAUGGUGCAAUGGUCAACAUCACGCUAUCUGAAUAAGCCAAUCACGCUCCUUACAUACCACAGACGCAAUUCAAAGUCAGUCCAGAAAGGCACACUGAGGAGCAGCUACCUGGGCGGGAUCUUCCAUCUCUUCAAAGGUGAUGCUGUUUUUGUUGAAGUGAAAGACGGCGCUUCGAUUCGUCUUCACGAUGCAGCCGAAAACGUUUUCGGCAUGUUUAUGCUCUAGACAGAUUUUAGCUCUGUACUUAUAACCAUAGGCGCCAGCUUCAUGGGUGCUCUGGAGCUCGAGAACCCCCAAUGUUUAGGAUUUAAAUAUCCCAUAUUCAUACAUUUAAUUUAAAAAGACAACACCUACUGGAGUGUAAUGGUAAUACUUCUAUUAUAGUGAUUUUUAUCUGGUUACACCGUCAGCAACACGACACAACAAACCAA